CGCGCGGUUCGUGUUGCCUACAUUGCUCGCCAAGCACACACACACACAUACAUUCAUCUCUUACUCUUGAACUCAGUGGCGUCCCAUGGAAUUUGUGCAGUGUUCCAAAACAAUUUCGAUGUGUAAUUCAUUCCAAACAACGCCUGGACACCGAAAUCUCAUUUGAGUUGUUUAAUAAUUUGUUUUGUUUUGACAAUCAGCAAUUGCGAAUUGUUUAUGUGCGGCGCGCUCGCCAGUUUUGUGCGCGAUUGAGUUGCGUUUGAUUUGAUAAUGGAACGGAGGUCUUAUGGUUUCUUUACGAAAAGAUCUCAGCACUACGACAACCUCCAAGCCGAGCAGCAGCAACAACAGCAGAAGCAGCCGCUGAAAGAUACCACAAACGUCGUCGGUCUUAAAUCCAAUAAAGUUAACAACAACGACGAAGCUGAACCGGAGUCCACGCAGACUUUACAACCGUCAAACGCUGCACAGCCGGAGGGUAGUCGAUCGCUUCAGUGUCUUGAAACUCUUGCGCAGAAAGCUGGUAUUUUUGAUAUUACCGCUGAAGAUUGCAAGUACGAUGCUGCCACCACGCUGCUGAACUUGGAGCGUGGUCAGUAUAACAAUAUGAGCGAAUUGAAUAAAUCCGGACAGAUGGAUCAGAAUCAACAGCAACAGGGCAACGCCCAGCAAGGGCAACAACAACAGCAACAACAACAGCAGCAGCAACAACAACAACAGCAACAGCAACAGCAACAAGCUCAAGUAGUACAACAGCAAGUCGUCCAACAACAGCAGAUACAACAGGUGCAAAUGCAGCCGGAUCAGACUAUGGUCCCUGCUCAAUCUCCACAACAUCAACUCCAACAGAUAUCUUCAGUUUCAUCCGGAGGACAACUACAGACAUCAAUGGGUCCCCCGCAGCAUACUGUAUCCAUGCAUCAGCAGGUCGCGCAAGGCGGACAGGUUAUCCAAACACAAGGAGGACAAUUGGUUGCUACCGGGUCAAAUAAUACAACGAUAACAACAAUGAGUCCACUGCAGCAAACUGGUCAUACUCAACAGAUGGCUGAUUGGAGUCAUGGACGCGUCCAGGUUAUUCAGCAACCAAUUCAGAAUCAGACCUUCAUGCCGCAGAUCUACAACGCGCAGGGGCAGCCCCUAAUCAUGCCUGGGAAUAUCUCCUUGCAUCCUAGUAUCAAUCCGCAGCAGAUACAAGUUAUUACUAAGCCUUUUCAAGGACAACCGCUUGGGCAACAUAUGAUUACCACCGCGCAGGGCAAGCAGGUGAUUCAAGCCAGUCAGGCGGCUACGUUUCCUUAUACGAUUCCCACGACGCAGAAUCAGCAGACUUUGGUGUUUAGUCAGCUUGCGAUUGGGUCCCAGCCGAAUAUCAUUCAUAACACUACCGCUGGUAAUGGAAACGGGGUUAAUCAACAGAAGACUUCGGAGAUGCACAAGGUACAGAUGCAGGGACAAAAGGUUCAGAUGCAGAAGGUUACUGGUAAUGUGCAGACUGUUGCGACGGGGCAACAACAGCAAGGACAAUGCGUUCAGGUAUCACAGGCGAUGAUUGGGUCACAGCCUACUGCGCAGAUCAUCAGUCAGAUUCAACCGAAUGGUCAACAAAUGCAAUUUGCUGCUGCACCUUGGCAGUUUGCUUCGAAUGGGAUUCCACAAGUGUGGACCACGAAUGGAUUGCAAUCUGCUGGGUUAAUCGCGCAGAAUCCGAUAUUUAUCAGAGGUACAAAUCCUGAUGGUACUCCUGGGAUGUUUAUCCAGCAGAGUGCGCAGCCUGCCACGAUACAAACCCAACAAAAUCCUACUGCAGCAGCAACCAUUACAACACAAGGUAUCCAACAAUUGGGUAAACCCCGUCCAGCUGCGGAUAAUAUCCAACCGAAACAAACGCCCACGCGGCCGUUGAAUAUCCUCCCAUCGAAUCCGCAAGCCAUCCGUCCGGCUAGUUCUGUAUCCACGCAGACAAUCGGUGCUCAGACGCAAGUCCUAGGUGCCAAGAUAGCAACUAAAGUCAGAGCGAAAGCUCCUGGUAUCCGCACAUCACCAGCGCCCAAAGCUGAUGCUGCUAAUCAAACGCAAGCUAAGCAAUAUAAUCAAGCGCUGCAGCAUAAUGUUGUCAACAAUAAUGUGCACAGGAUGCUCGUAAUGAACACCUCCACCGGAGGCAUAACCAUGGCCCCCGGUUCACCAAUGACCGCCGAAAAGGCGCAGCAGUUGGUAAACAAUCAAAAGCAAGUGCAGCAAGGUCAGCAGCAGCAAACGCAACAAGUUAUUAUGCAGCAUCAGGCUAUCCAGCAGCAAGCCAUGCAACAAAUGCAGUUCCAAGCUGGACAACAGCAACACAUCCAACCUAAGAUGAUGACGAUGCAAGCUAUUCAGCAGCCGAUGCAAGUCCAAGGUGACAGACCAAUAAUGCCCGUGGUGUCUAUGAGUGCCCAAUCCACCGCACAAGUACAGCAAACCAUGCAAUCAAUGCAACAGUUGCAGGGUACCAUCCAUCCAUUACAGUCCAACCUAGCUGUGACACAACAACCGAUGCAAAUGAACAUUCAGCAGUUACAUCAACAGUUGCCGCAAAUGACGCCGCAAGGCACGAUCAUUGGUCUGCACACUACGCAGCAGGGUAACGUCGUCAACCAAGUCACCGGCACGCCGCAGAUUCAACAAUUGGCACAACCUGGCCAGCAGACUAUUACAAUUGCUGCGGCUGCGCCACAGCCACAACAAAUCCCGUUGCCGGCGAGUGUUCCUCAAGUCAAGACUGAAACUGGUGUCGAAGCUAUUUCUGCUGAUAGCAGUGCGGAAGCACCCAAAGAGAAUGGUGUCGCUGAAAAGCCCGAGCCGCUUUCAGCCGAGGUGAAACCAUUGAUUAAUGGUGUUGAAGUGAAUCCAACGGCGGCGAUUCCUCCAACACCAAUGCCUGGCAUUGUUCCCUCGGUGCCGGUUUCUUCUACCAACGAAAACGGUCUUCCUAUUGCAGCGACAGCUGAAGAGGUGAAGGAACGUUGUCCGCCGAAAGCCAUGGUUAAACCACAGGUGCUCACGCAUGUUAUCGAAGAUUUUGUUAUUCAGGAAUCUUCGGAACCUUUCCCGAUCACGCGGAGUUCGUUGAUGGGUGAUUAUAAACACAGUUCUUCAGAUAAAGAUCAUUCUGAUGAGCCGCUCAAGAAGAAACAUGCUGGUGAAGAAGUGGAGUCCGCAAGAGGUGGCGAGUUUGCAAAAUGUGAGAAUUGUGGUACUGUUGAUCUCAAAGCUAAGUUCAAGAAGAACAAGCGGUUUUGUUCGAUGGCGUGUUCGAAGAGCGCGAAGAAUAAGGAAGGUAAACGGAAGUGGGAUAAAGAUGAGUCCAUGGAAGUGGAUGUGGAUUCUGCUGCGUCCGGGGCGGAAAGCUCCCUUAGUCCGACAGGAUCUUCACAGGUGCAUGCGGAGGAUAAUACGCCAAAGAUUGAUCCACUUAAAUGGAGUGUUCAGGAAGUUUAUGACUUCAUUAGAAACCUGCCUGGAUGUUCAGACUACGCUGAAGACUUCCAAAUUCAAGAAAUCGACGGCCAAGCGCUCAUGUUGCUCAAAGCCGAUCAUCUGAUGACUGCAAUGAACAUGAAGCUCGGCCCCGCGCUGAAAAUCGUCGCGAAAAUCGACGAUAUGCGGAUAGACAAAGAACCGCCCAAACAGGCUUAAGUUUCCUUGGGGUAAUUCCUCAACUUAUUAACUAUUCUCAACUUUAAAUCGUUUGAAGUAAACAAUCUCGAUUCGGUGAUGUGAUAUAAAACUAAAUUUAAACAGCAAAAAGUGCUAAAAAUUGACAAAUUCUAUAACGCUAUUAUUUAAAUUUAAAGUAUCGACAACUUAAGAAAUUUAUACUAAAACUUAACUUUAAAGAUGCUGCGCGCUGUGUACAUAUUGUAGAUAAAUCGACGAACUAUUUAAUUUUACUUAUUUAAUGAAAUGUAGCUUUUGAUAUGUAGGUAUGUACCUUAAAUGCAAGACUAUGAUUAAUUUAAUCAAUUAACAUUUUGUGUGUGAAAGGCUGACACUUUGACUACUGAAACGUUUUUUGUUUGGGGAACAUGCAUUGUGUGCUCUGAUGGCCAGCACUGUGUUCUAAGUGUAAAUACUAACUUAAUAUUUGUACAUUUUUAUAUGGUCCAGAAGUUUUCAUUUUCUUUGUGGAUAUUUGGGUUGCAGACGUUGCAAGUGUAGAAGUGUAGAACAUCAAAUCAAAAUCAUACUCAUGUUAUUUGUUGUUUCAGUUUCACACACUUUAGCAAGGUAUUAAUGUGCAAUUUGCUAAAUUAUUGAAUUGAAUCAUAGAGAUAAGUUAUUUCAUUCAUUGUUUUCGAUGCAUUUAAAGCUCUAUGCAUAAUAUUCGGAUUAUAUGAAAUAAUAUAACUGCCACUAAUGUAAUUUACUAUAUAUUGACGAAUAAUAUCAUACGAUUUAUAUGAAAA